AUGGAAAGAAAACAAUCCCGUACAGGUCGUCGCCGUCAAAGAGUCGAUUACUACAAUGGUGUGAAGAAAUUGCGAGAUAUUGACCCAUCGUCUAUUAAUCCUCAAAAAAGUAGCCGAGUAACAUUAUUGGGAGAUGCUCACCCUGUACUUGGAUUAGGAACCAAUAAUGCAAUUGAAGAUGCUUAUUUUCUUACUCAGGCGUUACUUAAUAAAUCUUCGGAAAAUUAUAUUUCUUGUAUCCAAGCAUAUGAAAAGGAAUGUUAA